AUGUCAAUUCCCUAUUCAAGCCUUAAACAGGUUCCCCUCUCAUAUGCCUCCUGCUCAAUUGGGUGCGCACCAACCGACAUCCUCCCCCGCCGCCUGCAAGCAAUCAGCCAGGCAGGUUUCAGCGCCAUAGAACUCUCAUUCCCAGAUAUUCUAGCCUACGGCGCACAUGCCACCGGCCAGGAAAUUGCAGCUGAUAACUACCCGCAAAUACUGCCUGUGGCCAGCGAGAUACGCAGACUAUGCGAAGAAAAUGGCCUGAAGAUCAUGAUGCUCCAGCCAUUCUCCAAUUUCGAGGGCUGGCCCAAGGGCUCCAGGGAGCGCGAGGAAGCAUUCGCUCGAGCCGAUGGUUGGAUGGAGAUUAUGAAUGUUAUCGGUACGGAUUUAUUGCAGGUCGGAGCAACAGAUACACCGAAAGAGUCAAUCAGCGUGGAACGUGAGAACAUCGUUUCAGACUUGCGUCUUCUGUCCGACAAGCUCGCAGACCGCAACUAUCGUCUCGCGUACGAGAACUGGUGCUGGUCAACCCAUGCGCCGGGCUGGAAGGAGGUUUGGGAGAUUGUGAAAGCUGUAGAUCGGCCGAAUUGUGGCUUGUGUUUGGAUACGUUCCAGACUGCGGGUAGUGAAUGGGGCGAUCCGACCACUGAGUCGGGUCUGAUUGAAUCGGUUUCGCAGUCGGAGCUGCGCAAGCGGUACGAGGCGAGUCUGGAGGAGUUGGCGAGCACUGUGCCGGCUGAGAAGAUUUAUCUUCUUCAGAUCUCUGAUGCCUACAAGGUGUCACCGCCGUUGAGAGAUAAGACGGUUGAUGGCUUGAGGCCGAGGGGUCGCUGGAGCCAUGACUAUAGACCUAUGCCAUAUGACGGGGGAUACUUACCCAUUGAGGACGUUGCGAAGGCGGUGCUGAGGACGGGGUUCCGAGGUUGGUUCUCAAUGGAGAUCUUCGAUAGUGGACCGCAGGGUACUGGGAAGAGGUACGAGAUGGGGUCUUAUGCGGCGAAGGCUAUGGAUAGUAUGCAGAAGCUCUUGAAGAACUGUGCUACGGAUUGA